AUGUACGCCUUUGUUACGGAGUGUCUGAUGGAGGACAGUGAUCUGGAGUUUUUCCUGACCACAGCGUCACGUGACGUGAUAUCGGAAUACUGCCGGUCCUGGUGUUAUGAGAGGACUGAGGGAGAGAGAUGUCUGUAUGUAUCAGACAGACCGGAGGAGAUGUAUGACCUCUUUAUAGACAAACUACAGCUGGACAUCAUCACACACUGUACCCUGUCUGACGAAAGGAUUCAUGACAGCGUCAGUAGAUGUUUAAAAGUCCCUAGGGAGAUAUUGAAAUGGGAUCAGAAAGCUAGAGAGCGGUACGUUCACUACGCCGAGAGAGGGGGAGUACAGGAAGUCCAUCACGCACGGGGGAUGAUUGUAGGAUGUGCAGGGGCCGGGAAAACUACGCUACUGAAUCGUCUACUGAAGCGAAGUAAGAGGGAAAUAAAGGAAAUAAAGUCAACAGAAGGACUUGAGGUUCACGAAGAAAUAUUUGAAAUCUGUGAAGAGGAUUGCACACUAAGAGUUAAGGAAAAUGACAGAAAAUCUAAUAAAGAUAUGGAUGAAAGUAAACCAGAAACUGGUGCCAGGAAAUCAUUGACAUUUUUUGACUUUGGAGGACAGUGUGCGUACUACGCCUGUCACCAGAUUUACCUGACCAGGAGAGCUUUCUAUGUUGUGGUAGUGGACGCCUCUAAACGUCUGAACGAGAAGGUGGAUAAGAAAGUUUGUGACCAAAAAGAUACUGUGUUCGCAAAGUGGACAUACAGGGAUUACUUUCUUUUUUGGAUGAAAUCCAUUCACACGUACUGUCAUGGACAUUCUUGUAACGACAAAGAUAGUAACCUUACAAUCAUUAUUGUUGCAACAAACUGGAACAAACGCGUGUACAAGGAGAAAGCUGAUUUCCUUGAUAGCCUGCAUGGGGUAUUGCCUGGUAAUUGCAUCCUUGGCCAAUAUAUCAGAGAAUUCAGAUGUUUCUGCAAAGAUUUAUUGACUGACCCAAUCUAUGACAUUGAAGAAUACAUCGCGCAAAUAGCAGCAGAGGAAAAGUGGAUUGAAAAAAUUCCCUGUGAGUGGAUACAGUCUGAUACACUUCAGAGAGAAAAGCAUAGGCGGAUGAUGAGUCUAGACGAAAUAAGAAAUCUGUUUAGGCAUAUUCGAGAUGAAAAACUAGUGCUUGAUCUAGCAAAUGAUAUGUUAAGAUUUUACCAUGAUGCUGGUAAGGUUCUUCACUUUGACGAAGAAUAUCUAAGGGACUCGGUCAUAAUUGAUGUCCAGUGGUUUGUAAAUGCAUUUAAAAUAAUUAUGACGGACAGGCAUCAUGUGAAAGGAAUCGUUGCUAGAGGACAUGAUUGGAAUGAAUUCUACAAAACAGGAAAUUUAAAAGAUGCCCUUCUCAUCGAUAUAUGGAAAGAAGAGGAUAAAAGGCUUUUGGGGAAUAGGACUUCAUCACCUACUGCAGAAUUUGAUAAAGAUCCACUUUUUCUUCUGUUUCACAAAGAAAAUUUAUUGUUGUACAUGCAGAGAUUGGGUUUGAUUUCAAGUGAAGGCGAGACACACUACAUUCCAUCUAUGAAUAAGAAGGACUUCGGGGAAGAACAGAAAGAGAUAAUCAAAAGGUCGAGUACAAAGACUUCAGUUCUAGUAGUCUUGUUUGACUUUUUGCCGUAUUUUUUAUUUUAUCGUUUAGUCGUAGGAUUAAUGCAAUUCGAAAAUUGGAAAGUUCUUGAGAGUGAGGGUAUCAGCUGUUUAUACAAAGAUGCCGUCAUGUUCAACCACAAAAGUCAUAAUAUUGCCAUAGCAGUAACUCCAUCUACAAUUCAGCUUCAAAUAUUUCACUCCAUCUUUCCAACGACACUGCUCCCUGAAGUGACUUUGUCUAUUAGAGAAAAAGUUGAGUCCAUUUUGCAGAGUAUGACAAAAUCUUUUCACAAAAGUCUUGCUUACAAAAUGGGAUAUCUAUGUAAUAGAGAUGGAAAUCAAAUUAUAGGCAAAGAAGUGGCUCACAAUUUUAUUGAGGAAAACAUAUUGGGAUGUGGAAGCCAUAUG